AUGGUAGAGGAUCAUUUGAUUUGCCACGGAUUUGUUCAUGCAUACACCAAAUGGGUUUUUCAUGGUGAAGGAUUUUUCUCAAGAAAUACGCCACAUCCAACCGAUGAAGAAGAAACUUCUAACAGGCAUGAUGACAUUGAUAGAUUACUUCAUGAUACUUUUAGAAAUAUUGUAGAUGAUCAGAGAGAUGAAGGAGUGAAGGAGGGGCCACAUGAAUAUGCAAAGAGAUUUUUUAAAUUAGUGGAGGAAGGGAAAGAAGAGUUGUAUCCAAGGUAUUUGUUGGACUUGAUAAGAGAGGCAUUUCCAUUAGCUCAGAUACCCGACUCGUUUUACAAGGCAAAAAAGGUCAUAAAAGAUUUGGAUCUUCAUUAUGAGAAAAUACAUGCUUGCACUAAUGAUUGCAUAUUAUUUUGGAAUGACAAUGCAAAGUUAGAUAAUUGCUCUGUGUGUGGAGCUUCAAGAUGGAAGAAUGUUUGGAAUGAAUUAAAUAAUAAGGUUACGAAAAUCCCAGUGAAGGUUUUAAGACAUCCUGAAGAUGGUGAAGCUUGGAAGGAUUUUUAUUCAUUGCAUCCUAACUUUGCUAAUGAUGCUCGUAAUGUUAGAUUGGGUCUUUCAAGUGAUGGUUUCAAUCCAUUCAGAACUAUGAGCAUUUCCCAUAGCACAUGUCCAGUUAUGUUUAUGAACUAUAAUUUAUCUCCAUGGACUUGCAUGAAGUCGGAGAAUAUUAUGUUAUCAAUGAUUAUUCCAGGUCCAUCGUCUCCGGGAAAUGAUAUAGAUGUAUACUUGCAACCACUGAUUGCGGAGUUGAAGGAACUAUGGGAAGUGGGAGUUGAAACAUAUGAUGUUGUAACUAAUCAAACAUUUCUAAUGCAUGCAGCUUUAUUGUGGACAAUUAGUGAUUUUCCAGCUCUAGCAAUGCUUUCUGGAUGGAGCACCAAGGGGAGAUGGGCAUGCCCCACUUGUAACCAUCAUACUUGUUACCAAUAUCUCAAACAUAGUCGCAAGAUGUGUUACUUGGGUCAUCGUACGUUUUUACCUCCUGAUCAUCCAUUCAGAAGAGAUAAAAUAUCAUUUAAUGGUAAAGAGGAGCAUAAAGUUGCACCUACUCCAUUAUCAGGUGCACAAAUUCUUGAAGAGCUUCGAAAAUUCAAUAAUGUAUUUGGAAAGAACAAAAAGAAAAGAAAACGAAAGAAUUAUGGUCCAUGGAAGAAAAAAUCCAUAUUUUUUGAGUUGCCGUAUUGGGCAACAAACAAAUUGAGGCACAAUCUUGAUGUGAUGCACAUAGAGAAGAAUAUUUGUGACAGUGUGCUUGGGACUUUAUUGGAUAUACUUGGAAAGUCCAAAGAUCAUAUAAAUUCUCGCUAUGACUUGUAUGAAAUGGGGAUAUGUAAAGAGCUCCAACCUCUAAAAGAUUGUGAUACAGGAAAUAUCCAUCUAGCUAAAGCUUGUUUCUCUAUGACACCAGAUGAGAAAAAGUUAUUUUGCACCGUCUUAAAAGAUGCCAAAUUACCAAAAUGGUGUGCUUCUAAUAUAUCAAGUCGUGUGCAAAUUGAAGAGAUGAAAGUAUCAGGAUACAAAAGUCACGAUGCUCAUUUCAUAAUGCAAUACUUGCUCCAGGUUGCAGUCAGAAAAGUGUUACCCAAGAAUGUAGCUAUGGUCUUGAUUAGAUUGGGGAAUUAUUUUACAGCCAUAUGUAGCAAGGUUAUAAGAAGAAGCGAUCUUGAUAAGAUGAAAGCAGAAAUCAUAGAUAUUGAAUAUGAGCUUGAAAGAUUUUUCCUCCAUCUUUUUUUAAUAUAA